AUGCUCCUCCCUUAGAAAGACUCCUGCAAUCCUCACAUUCACACACCAUUUCACACACACACACACACACACACACACACUCUUAGACACACAUAAACUGACAGCAGCUUCCCUGAGGCUUACCAUGAUAGUCUUUUCUCACUUCUGAUUCAAAAAGAAAGGCAGGAACACGAACGCACCACUCACAGCAGGGGCUGACAUACGGGAAACUGCCAUUGUGUCACCGACUAACAAGUCACUACGGUGAAAGCGCUGAUCUGGGACCAGUUGGAAGGACAAAAUGGGUCUUUGGACAGCCCUGAUUCUGGCCUGGCAGCUGCUAUCAAAACUUUGCUUACACGUGGAAGCCCAGGCAUUGGUCUAUGAUCUGCUCACCUCGCCCGAUUGCCUGCCAGACCUGCUGCAGGGGGGUCUGGCAGAGCAAGGCGUGAACGAGGCUUUCAUCCUCGCCUCCUUCAAGUUGCAGCCCAAGACCGGAACCACCGUGUUUGGCCUGUACAACCCCAGGGACAACAGCAAGUACUUUGAGUUCACCGUGAUGGGGAAGCUCAACAGAGCUGUGUUACGCUACCUGCGGAGUGACAAGAGGAUGAGCUCAGUAACCUUCAACAACCUGGUGCUGGCAGACGGCCAACAGCACCGACUGCUGUUCCACCUGAAGGGGCUGCAGCAGCAGGGGCCGGGCGGGGUGGAGCUGCAUCUGGACUGCAGGCUGGUGGAGACAGUCAGGGAUCUCCCAGCUGCCUUCCAGGGUUUACCAGCAGGCUACGGUACUGUGGAGUUGAAGAUCAUGCAGGCCAGAGACCAGGAGAGUUUGGACGAGCUCAAGCUGGUGGUCGGGGACUCAUUUGAGAACGUUGCUUCGAUACAAGACUGCCAUUUCCAACAAAGAGACUCCGUCCAGAGUCUGGGGGUCAACACGAAGCAGCUGUCCAAUCAAAUGCUGGAGUUAACGAAGGUGAUAAAUGAGCUGAAAGACGUCCUCAUUCAGCAGGUCAAAGAGACCUCCUUUCUCAGAAACACCAUUUCAGAGUGUCAGGCCUGCGGUCUGGGUGGCACUGAGGUGGUGAAACCAAGGUGUGCCCCAGGUGUGUGUUUCCGUAAUGAUAUGUGUAUAGAGACAACGGACGGUGUGGAGUGUGGACCCUGUCCUGAUGGAUACACUGGGGAUGGUUUCAACUGUGAUGAUGUGGACGAGUGCCAGUUUAACCCCUGCUUCCCCGGAGUGAAGUGUGUAAACACUGCCCCGGGGUACCGCUGUGACGUCUGUCCGCUGGGCUACACCGGACUGGCAGUGGAGGGUGUCGGCAUAUUGUUCGCCCAGACCAACAAACAGGUCUGUGACGAUGUCGAUGAAUGCAAAGCACCCAACAACGGAGGCUGCACCGCGAACUCCAUCUGUCACAACUCUGUGGGCUCUUACCACUGCGGCAGCUGUAAGACAGGUUUCACAGGAGAUCAGCUGAAGGGCUGCAAGCCAGAGCUCAGCUGUGGGAACAGCCUGACCAACCCCUGUGAUAUCAACGCACUGUGUGCUGUAGAGAGGGACGGAUCCAUCUUUUGUCAGUGUGGAAUCGGCUGGGCAGGUAACGGUUACCUGUGUGGAAAAGAUACUGACAUUGAUGGAUACCCCGAUGAUAAACUUAAGUGUAAAGAUGCAAGCUGUAAAAAGGUAACAAACAUGCAUAUUGUACGCAAACAGAACUAUGCUGUUACAAGCAGGCCCUUUUUUUUUUUUUUUUUUACAUCAUUUAACGGCAGCAUCUCUUUACAGGAUAACUGCAUCUUUGUUCCUAACUCUGGUCAAGAGGACGCCGACAGGGACGGUAAAGGUGACGCCUGUGACGAAGACGCAGAUGGUGAUGGCAUACUGAACGAGCAGGACAACUGCUGGUUGAAGCCCAAUGUGGAUCAGAGGAACAGUGACAAGGACAGCCACGGCGAUGCCUGUGAUAACUGUCGCAUGGUGGAGAACCCUGACCAGAGGGACACCGACAGUGACGGCAAAGGGGACGCCUGCGAUGACGACAUGGACGGAGACGGCCUCAAGAACUUUCUGGACAACUGCCAGAGGGUCAAAAACAGAGACCAGCUGGACCGGGAUGGCGAUGGAGUUGGAGAUGCCUGCGACAGCUGCCCUGACAUCCCCAACCCAAACCAGUCCGAUAUUGACAAUGACCUGGUAGGAGACUCUUGUGACACAAAUCAAGACAGUGAUGGUGACGGCCACCAGGAUACCAAAGAUAACUGCCCGCACGUAAUUAAUAGCUCCCAGUUGGACACGGACAAGGACGGAAUGGGUGACGAGUGUGAUGAUGAUGAUGACAACGAUGGGAUCCCUGAUACCCUGCCACCGGGACCAGACAACUGCAGACUUGUACCAAACACAGACCAGACUGAUGACAACGAUGAUGGAGUUGGAGAUGUGUGUGAGUCUGACUUUGACCAGGACAAGGUGAUUGACAGGAUUGACAACUGUCCUGAGAAUGCUGAGGUUACCUUGACUGACUUCAGGGCGUAUCAGACAGUGGUGCUCGACCCCGAGGGUGACGCUCAAAUUGACCCCAACUGGGUUGUUUUGAACCAGGGAAUGGAAAUUGUUCAGACCAUGAAUAGUGACCCAGGACUCGCUGUUGGUUACACUGCUUUCAGCGGAGUGGACUUCGAGGGCACAUUUCACGUGAAUACAGUCACUGAUGACGACUAUGCCGGUUUCAUCUUCGGCUACCAGGACUCAUCAUCCUUCUACGUGGUGAUGUGGAAGCAGACUGAACAGACUUACUGGCAGGCGACACCGUUCAGAGCUGUUGCCGAGCCUGGCAUCCAGCUUAAGGCUGUAAAGUCUAGAUCAGGCCCGGGGGAGCACUUGAGAAACUCUCUGUGGCACACAGGCGACACCAACGAUCAGGUGCGUCUGCUGUGGAAAGACCCCAGAAAUGUAGGCUGGAAGGACAAGGUGUCCUACAGAUGGUACCUGCAGCACCGCCCACAGGUUGGAUACAUCAGGGCACGGUUUUAUGAGGGAACUGAACUAGUGGCUGACUCUGGAGUGAUAAUUGACACAACCAUGAGAGGAGGACGACUCGGCGUGUUCUGUUUCUCCCAAGAAAACAUCAUCUGGUCUAAUUUGAAAUACCGCUGCAAUGACACAAUCCCAGAGGACUUCCAGGAGUUCAGUAAUUAGUGCUCUGUCAGCUCACUCUUAAAUGGAGACAAGAUGAUGACACCAGAUCUUAAAAGAAUGCUGUGUGUAUGUGUGUGUGUGUGUGUGUGUGUGUGUGUGUGUGUGUGUGUGUGUGUGUGUGUGUGUGUAUGUGUGUGUGUGUGUGUGUGUGUGUGUGUGUGUGUCUGUGUGUGUGAAUGCCUGUUUGUGCGUCUGUUUAUCUUUGUAUUAAUGUGUACAGAUUCUGUGCAAAUAUGUCCACAACUUUUGUACUGUAUGUGUCUAUUAUAAUGUCUGUGUCGUUUCCCCAAAUAAUGCAACGCCACAUGAAGAGCAACUGACACAAGGGAUAACAUAAAACAUAACAUAUGGCUAAUAAUGGACGUGUAAUGCUAAUUUAGUGACUUUCAUUCCGCAGAGUUGUAUCACACAAAGCACCUACCUAUUCAAAUACAUCAUGAUUUUUUUUUUUUUUUCAUUAAAAUGAUUAAAAGAAAAAGCAUUUUUCUCCUACAUAUUGAGGCUUUUUCCUUUAGAUAAGUGCCAUAAACAUGUUCAAACAACUAGAAGAGAAAACAGAACCUGCCUGAAACAACAUUUAACUAAUGUGUCUACAUUCUGAUCAUGCACAGGCUGUAUUUGUUGACAAUGACAUUGUCAUUUGACUCCUUUUUUGGGAGACAAUGAAAAGACUGUGCCAUGUCUCUAACUGUAGAUGAUUAACUUAAAACUCAUUGUAACCUUGUUUUCUCUCUCCAUACCUUGUCCUUUGAAUAUUGAUCGUUUCAUAUCAGUGUAUUCAUGAACCAGAUCAAAAUAAAGGACUUUACAAAGUGGAA